AUGUCUAGUGACAAAUCUAAACCCUACAUACCCCUAGCCGGCGGCGCAGAUGAUGGUUGGUCUAAAGAGCACCAAGCAACAGCUACAUGCUAUUGCGGCGCCGUACAACUUGCUUUUCCAACCGAAGGUCCCGGCCUAGUCGGCACGUUCCUCUGCCACUGUUCAGACUGCCGCAAAAUCACCGCCUCAAUGUUCGCCUCCAAUUUCAUAAUUGCAGAUGCCUAUCUGAAACACCUGCGCGGCCGCGAGAAUCUCAAAACAUACAGUCAGUCUCGAACAAUCGCUUCCGGUAAAAGCAUGACCAACUUCUUCUGUUCAACGUGCGGUUCGCUUAUGUACCGCGUCGGCGAGGCAUUCCCGGGACAUAGUAUUCUUCGUAUUGGGACAGUGGAUGAUUUUAAUUUACAUGAGACUAAGUUGAGGCCGAGGACUGAGCAGUAUACGAAGGAUCGGGUUGGGUGGUUACGCCGUGUGGAGGGUGUUAGGCAGGUAAGCGGGUCGGCUUAUAGUCCGAAAAGAAGAGAGGCUAAGAGUUCGCUUUGA